UCUCUCUCUCUCUCUCUCUCUCUCUCUCUCUCUCUCUCUCUCUCUUUUCUCCCCUCUCGGGGAGGAGCUCUAAUCUGUCAUUCUCAAUCCACACAGGUGAGGGUGCUGCUAAAGGAAUGUGCAGAACGAAUUGAGCAAAGGACAGAAGGAAAGGUGGAGCGAACUUGUUACCUCACAAAGCGAGAGAGAGAAAGGAAGGGUGUUGUCUGUAACCCACCUGAAGGACUUGAGCAAGAGAGGAGGGAUUUAAUCUCAGUGACCAGGGACACAUUCACUCUUAAACACCGCUGUCUCUCACCUCUUGUGUUGAUAGACAUCUUCAAGGGGUAUCAGAGGUGAAUAUCCAGACAAUAUUUCACAGCACGUUGUUGGCCAGGAGGGGGACUAAGAUCUGCAAGCACAAGAAGUUUGGAUUUGUGAAGAAGCAGGUGGAAAACAGGUUAUUUUUGCUUCUCGGUUAAACAUUGGAGGAUAGGGGGAGAAGGAAGGAUUUUCUUUGAAAGAACUUUUCUAUUUCUGGUUGGAUUUUGAGACUUGGAUUGGGAAACAACAGACUAAGAGACUGAAAUGGGAGGAUGGGAGACACGUCUAGCAGUGGGAAUAUACGUUCUCAUGCUCUCUUUGACGGCCAGCCAUGCUAAUGAGGUGAACCACUGUACUGCUGCCAGGACCAGUACUUGCUCACAAUGUAUCCAGAUUGGCACAGGAUGUGCCUACUGCCCUGAUGAGAUCUUUGAGUAUGAGCGCUGUGACCUGAAGGAAAACCUGGAGGCCCAUAAAUGUCAUCAGAUGGUAACAGUUGAGAGCACCAUGGAAAUUAGAGAGAAUGUGCAGAUUGAUGAGACGCAGAAACGCUCUCAGGUGGCCCCUCAGCUUAUGUACAUGUCGCUUCUUCCUGGGGAGGAAAAGGAGGUUGAGAUGGAGGUGUUUGAACCCACACGUGGCCCUCUGGACCUUUACAUCCUCAUGGACUUUUCCAACUCCAUGUCUGACGAUCUGGACAACCUGAAGAGGAUGGGAGCCCAGCUGGCUAAACUUGUUGGUGUAAUCUCUGAUGACUACACCAUUGGAUUUGGCAAGUUUGUAGACAAAGUCACUGAGCCUCAAACAGACAUGAGGCCAUCCAAAUUAGCUAAGCCGUGGGCCAACAGUGACCCUCCAUUUUCAUUCCGCAAUGUUAUCACUCUCACACACAACAUCACCUACUUCGAACAGAGGCUUCAGAAUGAGCGUAUAUCUGGCAACCUGGAUGCCCCAGAGGGGGGAUUUGAUGCGAUUCUACAGGCUGCUGUCUGCCAGACUCAGAUUGGUUGGAGGCCACACAGCACCCACCUGCUGGUCUUCUCCACCGAAUCGGCUUUCCAUUAUGAGGCAGACGGUGCCAAUGUGCUUGCGGGCAUCUUGGAUCGUAAUGAUGAGAAAUGCCACUUAACUCCAGAUGGAAAUUACACACAUGACGUUCGACAGGACUACCCGUCUAUACCUACGCUAGUGCGACUUCUGGUGCAUCAUAACAUCAUCCCGAUCUUCGCCAUUACUAACCACUCCUAUUCAUACUAUGAGAAACUGCAUGAAUACUUCCCCAUUGCUGAGCUGGGACGGUUACAAGAAGAUUCCUCCAACAUCCUGAACAUUUUAGAAAAAGCUUUUGAGAAUAUUCGUUCGAAGAUCAGUAUUCGUGUAGAGGACAAACCUAAAGCGGUUGAAGCUCAAAUUCUCUCUCAAUCCGGUGGUUCCUCUGAAUAUGGAAAUUUCAGAAUCACACCAGGACAAAUUGGUAAGUUUACGGUGCGUCUGAAGGCCCUUACUCAGGUGGGAGAGGACCAUGUGUGUAAGAGUGGGAAUGCUGACCGAGCAGGAAUGCUGAGAGUCAAACCCACCACCUUUAGCUCCGCCCUGAGAAUCAAUGCUGAAGUACUGUGUCAGAAAUGUGAUUGUGAAAAGACCCCAGCAAAAAACGCAGUGCGCUGUAAUGGCCAUGGAGAUUUUGUCUGUGGGAAAUGCCAGUGUUACGAUGGAUGGCUAGGUCCUUUCUGUAACUGUUCGGCGGGGGCCUCCACAGACUUGGCCAUGUGUAUUGGCCCUGACAUGAAACUGCCAUGCAAUGGACAAGGGGACUGUAUGUGUGGUACCUGUGUGUGCUAUAACCCAAACCAGUUUGAGGGGCCCUUCUGCCAGUUUGACAAAUCUCAGUGCCAGAGAUUUGGUGGAUUCCUCUGUAAUGAUCGUGGCAGUUGCAGUAUGGGUAGAUGUGUGUGUACACCUGGUUGGACUGGAGAUGCCUGUGAGUGUCCCACAAGCAACCAAACAUGCCUGGACAGCAGAGGGGGCAUCUGCAACGGCCGUGGUGUGUGUAAAUGUGGCCGCUGUGAGUGUCAGCACACUGGACUGCCACUGAGUCCCACUUGUGAAGCUAAUUUCCAGGCUCAAUUGGGCAUGUGCGAGGACAAGAGGACCUGCGUUCAGUGCCAGGCCUGGAACACCGGUGAGAGAAAAGGAAGGAAGUGUGAUGAGUGUCACUUUAAAGCCAUCUUGGUGGACGAACUGGAAGACGAUGACAGCGUGAUCGAGAAGUGUAGCUUCCGUGAUGAAGAUGAUGACUGCACAUACGAAUAUAUGGUGAAUUAUUCCUUAAAUGAAACUGCUAAAGAACAUCGUGUCCUAGUAAAGAAAAAGAAAGACUGUCCACCUGCAGGAUUCCUGUGGUUGAUUCCUCUCAUUAUCUUUCUGAUGCUGCUGCUCGGUUUGCUUUUACUCUGCUGCUGGAAAUACUGUGGCUGCUGCCAGAAUGCCUGUCUUGCUCUUCUUCCAUGUUGUGGCAGAGGUCGCACAGUGGGAUUCAAAGAAGACCACUACAUGCUACGUCAGACUUUGUUGACCUCUGAUCAUCUGGACACCCCAAUGGUGCGCACCGGCCCAUCUAAGAGCACCGACAUUGUACGCUGGAAAGUGACAGACAAUGUUCAUCGAGGACCAAACCACCCGCAGAACCAAAUCCAACCCAACCCAAAAGAGAACAUCCAGUUUCCUGUCUCUCUUCGUUUGAACCGGCAAUAUUUUGACACUCUUUCCCGCCCUGAGGCUCAGGACACAGAUGUGCUGAGACGGGAGGUGGAAGAUAACCUCAAUACUGUGUUCAUGCAGAUCCCAGGUGCACAGAGAUUGCAGAAGACUCGGUUCAGGACACAAAAGAAUUCCGGAAAGAGACAGAACAACACAAUUGUCGACACGUUUUUAUCUGCACCUCGUGCCAGUUACCAAGAUAUUGUGAAACUGACAGAUAAACAGGUUCAGGCUGGAAAUUUCCAUGACCUCAAAGUGGUUCCAGGCUACUACAUCGUGGCUACUGACAGAGAGGCAGCAGGUGCUGUGGAGUUUCAGGAGGGCGUGGAGUCUGUGGAUGUCCGGGUUCCACUCUUCAUCAAAGAUGAGGAUGAUGAAAAGAAGGAGCUUCUUGUGCAAGCCAUCGAUGUUCCAGUUGGAAUUGCGAAGAUCAACAAAGAUCAUGUCAAUAUCACCGUGAUUAAAGAGCACGCCAGGAGCAUCUUUACUUUCCUGCAGCCGUCAUACACCUUCAGUCGUCAGGAUGGUGUGGCGAACAUCCCCAUCAGUCGUGAGAUCAUUGAGGAUGGACGCACACAGGUCACAUUCUGCACCCGUGACCUCACUGCCAAAGACAAGAAGGACUAUAUCUCAGUUGAUGGUGAUAUGAUUUAUGGACCAGGGGAGACACAGAAGUCCAUCCCAGUAAAACUUUUGGAGCUUGGGGAGGGAGACGGACUGCUGGAAGACAAACAAGUCAAACAGUUUGUGAUGGAUCUGAGUAAUCCACGGCAAAGUGCAAAACUGGGUCGAUACCCACGCACCACUAUUACCAUCGCUGAUAAACCAGAACCCAGCAUUGUGAUGUUUAAAAAGAGUACUCAGACUUUCAACACCAUGGACCCGGUCUACUCCAUCCCUGUGGUACGCACUCGAAACCAGGAGGGUCAUACUACUGUGUAUUGGCGCACAAACAAAGCCUCUCGUUUUGACCUCUCUGCUCCUCUCAAAUUUGGCCCCGGCGAGAUGGAAAAGAACGUUGUGAUUGAGCCUCAUGCAUAUCCAUCACCCAUCAGACCUGAGACCUUCCAACUGGAGUUGUUUGACCCUAGCACCAAUGCAAUCAUCGGAGAGAGGAAGACCACACUGAUGAAUGUUGUUGAUGCCAGAGGGGAUAAAAGUCAGGAUUUCCAGAAAAUGGAAUAUGUUAGUCAGACAGCCUCAUCUCCUGGAGGACGCCUCUACUCCCCAAACAAUGUCAAAGCUGUAGCCUCUGGCCCUAGAAACAUACAUGUAAACUGGGCCCCCUGUGGAUAUGUCAAUGGUUACAAGUUGAAGUACUGGAUUUAUGGAGACCCUGAGGCUGAUGCUCAGGUCAUGGAUGUGAAGACUACUCAUGCUGAGCUGACAAAUCUUUACCCUUACUGCGAUUAUGAGAUGCGUGUGUGUGGCUACAAUGUUCUUGGAGAGGGCAAUUACAGUGAUAUAAUCCAGUGUCAGACUCUUGAGGAUGUACCUGGUGAACCUGGUCGUUUGGCUUUCAAUGUCAUUAGCCCCACUGUCACUCAGGUUAGCUGGGCAGAACCAGCAGAGACAAAUGGUAUCAUCACUGCAUAUGAGGUCAUCUACACACCAAUCGAUGAAGACAGCAAGCCUAUCGGAGCUUCUAAGAAGGUGAUGAUUGACAACCCCAAAAAGCGCAUGCUGCUUAUUGAGAACCUUCAACCAUCUCAGACAUACUGUUAUAAAGUGCGUGCUCGCAAUAAGGUGGGCUGGGGCCCAUUCAGAGACGCUACCAUCAACCUGGCAUCACAACCUACCAGACCCAUGUCAAUUCCCAUCAUUCCAGACAUUCCCAUUGUGGAUGCAGAGGCUGGUGAGGACUAUGACAGCUAUCUGAUGUACAGUAAUGAAGUCAUACGAUCCCCAACAAGCAGCCAGAGGCCGAGUAUGACAGAUAUGUCUGAUGAUCAGCUUCUUAAUGCAAAAUGGGAACAGAAUUUCUUGUUCCCAGGAUCAAGCAGUUCCCUCUCCCGCAACUUCAGUUCUUCCUCAACCAUGUACAGCCAUUCCACACCCCGUCAUGCAGUGUCCAAUCACAGCAGCACCACAACAUACAUUUCUGGGAAAGGGGACUCAACAUCCCAAAGAUACAAUAUCAAUAUGGACGGUGGACUACUCAAAGAGGAAGUGACCCUGAGAAAACGUUCAGACAACAGGCACUAUACUGACAGUGAUGAUGUGAGGGAUUCUAUCGUGAUGGGAAACUUGUCUGGCGAAUAUUUGGACAAUCUAGGCGUCUCUAGCUUCAGCCAGAAUACAACUUCCAGCUACAGCAUGAGCUCCAGAGCUCGCACUCAGUCUGAAGACAUCAGCGAUGCACUGCUCAACCUGGAUAGGGUUCUUCAGGAGACUCGCUUCAGCCCGGGUGUUCCUGAGACUCCCAGCAGACUUGUGUUCUCUGCCUUGGGACCCACGGCUCUAAAAGUGAGCUGGCAGGAGCCCCAAUGUGAGACGGAUGUACUGGGGUACUGCGUCCUUUACCAGCUAAUCAAUGGAGGUGAGAUAAAGCGUACUGAGGUGAACAAUCCCACUCAAAACUCUGUGGUGGUGCAGGAUCUUCUGCCAAACCAUUCCUACAUCUUCAAAGUGAAGGCCCAAAGUCGAGAGGGAUGGGGCCCUGAGAGAGAGGGAGUAAUUACCAUUGAAUCUGCGGUCGACCCCAAGAGUCCACUCAGCCCAAUGCCAGGGUCUCCGUUCACUCUCAGUACUCCCAGUGCUCCAGGACCUUUGAUCUUCACAGCUUUAAGCCCAGACACCUUACAGCUGAGCUGGGACAAACCCCGUAAACCCAAUGGGGACAUCCUGGGCUACGUGGUGACCUGUGAUCAGCUGCAUGGAGGAGGUGAUCUUCGCUCAUUCCAGGUGAAAGGCAAUUCUGCGACGUCUUUGACCGUGUCUGACUUGAGAGAAAACAUGCCGUACAAGUUUAAAGUUCAAGCGCAGACCACACAAGGCUUUGGGCCAGAGAGAGAGGGCAUCAUUACCAUCGAAUCCCAGGAUGGGGGCUCCAUGUCUCAGCAUAGCAGUCAUUCAGUUACUAAGAGGGAGGUCUUCAACCUACCUACAGAGAUCACUUCUCACACCAUGUUCACAGAACCCUUGGAGUUCCAAGAUGGUAUGAUGAUGAUGUCAAGCAGGCAGAUCACAGAGUCGGGCGGCUCCAUCACUCGACAGGUAGAGAUGGUGCAGAGGGGAGUCAUGUCCAGCAGCACCGUCACGAAGAAGGUGGAGAGAAAGUACUUUUAGAUCUGAUCUCACCACUAUUGCCUUAAUUGACCUCACAGAGUAACAUGCAUAUACACUCUAAGGUAGCUAAGUGACAUUUUAAAAGAGAAGUGCGGACCAUAAGUUAACUGGGCAAAUGUGCACAACAUGUUGGUUUUCUGUAAGGAAUUACAUUGUGUACAUGAAUCUAGCUGAGCUAUUGGAUUCCUUGGAUUAUUACUGUUGUAAAGUCUUGGAAGCCUUGAUACUUUGUUGAAUGUUAAGACUUAAAACCUUUUAGUUUAGUUGUAAUCUGCUCUCUUCAAACCAAGUAUUUGUUAACAUUUUUGGUAUCAAACCAUGUUUUUGAGCGAAAUAAUAUGUAAAUGUGCACACAAUGAGAAACGGUUAGGGAUUUUCUGUUGCUUAUUUGAGUUUGAUUAUGUUAACCUGGGCUAAUAAGGUUUGAUUCGGCAGAUUUCAUUACAUGAUGUUCAUAUCAUUGGUGUUGCUUUGGAAUUUUAUAAUUUUUUUGCAUCACAUUUUCCCUACUUAAAAACCAUCAAAGCUGGUCACUAGUUUACUUUGCGUUUUGGAUGCUACCUGUCUUCUUAACUAACUUAGCCAGCAAGACUGCCUUGGUCAACCAGCUUCACCAGCUCAAUUUACUGGUCAAUAGUAUGGCCAUACUGGUCCACCAUCUUGACCAGCAUAAACCAGUUUGGACUAGCAUGGAAAUCCAUGAUGUUCUUUUUAGCAGUGUUGAGAGAAUGGAUAUUUUCUUUCAAAUGUAUUUUUCACGUAAAAUAUGCCAUAUGCCAUUUAAUUUGCAAAGUGAAUUUCAACUGAUUAAUAUUUCUUCACCCCUAAAUCCUAUUUUUACUUGUGAUAGUUGCAUAACAUUUUGCAACAUAUGAGUGCAUGCAUAUGGACUAGAUCCCGAGGAUUGUAAAUAUGUUACUGAGUUUUUUUAUUGUCUGGUUGCAAGAUGUGCUGUUUUAGCUUGAGGCCUGUGGCUGUAUUUUCAUUAUGAAGUAUGAAGUUUGCCAGGUUUGUACACUAAAGGCAAUUUGAAAAUUAUUAUCAACAUCACCGGUUAACCUGUUUUUCUAAAUUAAAUUUUUACUGCAUUAAAUAAUCUACGUAAAUAGUACUUUUUACUUAGAAUUUUUUUUUUUUUUUACAGAUUUUUCAGAUUUUUUUAUAUUAUAGUAUUUCAUCAUCAUAUUCAAAGCUGGAACAAAUAACUGAAUGAAUAUAAUUCUGUAGUAUGCAAAACUCUUCACUGUGCUUGUCACUUCACCGCACUUAAUGAAAAAAUAAAUCACAUUACCACAGUUGACUCAUUGUGUG